AUGGCUCUAUCCAACUCUUUCCUGCUCCAAGACGUCAAGAUAUUCACCGGGACCGCGACCAUCGACAGGGGUUUUGUGCACGUCUUGAAUGGCAAAAUCGCCCAGGUUGGCCCGGGAGACUUGCCUACGCCACUCAACGACACAUUUCCUGUGAUACUGCGGCCUGGAGACACGGUCAUCCCAGGCUUGAUCGAUGCCCAUAUCCACGCGCCCUCCGGGAACACCAGCUGCCUCGAGCAGUCUUUGAGCUUCGGCGUUACGACAGUGUGCGACAUGCAAAAUGAUAUCGAAACCAAUGAAAACCUGAAGAGGCUCGCUGACGACCCGGUGACUAAGUCCAUCUACGCCGACUUCAAGUUUGCCGGUUCCGGCGCGCUCGUUCACGGCGGGUGGCCACUUCAGGUGCUCGAGAAAGAGCUAUCGAAUGUUCCUUGCAGCGAUCACCUCAUAGACCAGAUUGUCUCCAAGUGGACAAUACUAAGCAGACCGGAAGAGGCCGAUCCCUUCAUCAGGAAGCAGGUCGAGGAGACCGGGGUUUCCUACAUCGAGAUGUUCCACGAAGUCGGCGACUCGCUUGGCAUGGACCUCCCGCGGCCUCCCCUGGACAUCCAGAAAGCCGUGGUGGCCGCUGCUCACAAGUACGGCGUCAUCGCCACGGGGCAUGCGCUCAGCUAUGCCGGCGCCAUGGACCUCCUUCGCGCCGGCGCCGACGGCCUGACCCAUAUCUUCCUCGACCAGCCGCCGAGCGACGACUACAUCCAGCUCAUGCUGGACAACAAAGCGCACUGCAACCCAACCCUCGGUCUUGCUGCGUCACAGACCGACGAGGGCUUGGGGUUCCAGGACUCGUUCUUACAAGACCCCUUCGCCCAGCGACUGCUUAUCCAGAAAACCGCGGGACAACCACUGGGACUGGCGGCUAGCCAGAAGCCGAGGGCCUCCAUCCAUAACGCGUACGCGAACACGAGAGCCCUGUACAAAGCCGGCGUUCCUCUGGUCCUGGGAACCGAUGCCGCCGGGAUGGGGUUCGGAUUCCCUUACGGUCUCGGAAUGCACAUGGAGAUGCGGCUGAUGGUGAAGGAAGUCGGCAUGACCCCGUUCGACGUCCUCAAGUCGGCCACGUCCGUCACGGCCGACCGGUUCAGGUUCAAUGACCGAGGCCGCAUCGAGGCCGGGAAGAAGGCCGACUUGGUUCUCGUCCAAGGGGAUGUGUUUGAGUCGCUGGCCGCCAACGACGGGCGCUCUCUGCGGAUCAAGUCCGUAUGGAGAGACGGAAUAUCCGCGUCGGUCUUUCAAGACGUGAAGGCUGAGACCUGCGACAACCCGUUUUGA